GGAACCCAGGGACGGGAGUCGUGCAGCGCGGAGGACGAGCGCCGGCGAACGCUUCCUGGACGCGGCGCCAUGAGGCCGUCGCUGCGCGCGCUGCUCGCUUCCCGCGCCGCAUGGCGGGAGUCCUUCUCCGUGCGUGGCCGCGACGUGGCGCGCUGGUUCCCGGGCCACAUGGCCAAGGGGCUGAAGAAGAUGCAGAGCAGCCUGAAGGUAGUGGACUGUGUCAUCGAGGUUCAUGAUGCCCGGAUCCCACUUUCAGGUCGCAACCCCCUGUUUCAGGAGACCCUUGGGCUGAAGCCUCACCUGCUUGUCCUCAACAAGAUGGACUUGGCAGAUCUCACAGAGCAGCAAAAAAUUAUGCAGCACUUAGAAGGAGAAGGUCUAAAAAAUGUCAUUUUUACCAGCUGUGUAAAGGAUGAAAAUGUCAAGCAGAUCAUUCCGAAGGUCACAGAACUGAUUGGGAGCAGCUACCGCUACCACCGAGCAGAGAAUCUGGAGUACUGCAUCAUGGUGAUUGGGGUCCCCAACGUGGGCAAGUCCUCCCUCAUCAACUCCCUGAGGAGGCAGCAUCUCAGGAUAGGAAAAGCUGCCCGGGUGGGCGGUGAGCCUGGGAUCACCAGAGCUGUGACAUCCAGAAUUCAGGUGUGUGAGCGGCCACCGAUAUUCCUGCUGGACACUCCUGGGGUACUGGCUCCUCAGAUUGAAAGUGUGGAGACGGGCCUGAAGCUGGCCCUGUGUGGAACAGUGUUGGACCACCUGGUCGGGGAGGAGACCAUGGCCGACUACCUCCUCUACACCCUCAACCAGCAUAGGCUGUUGGGGUAUGUGCAGCACUAUGGCCUGGACACUGCCUGUGAUGACGUGGAGCAUGUGCUGAAGAGCGUGGCCAUGAAGCUGGGGAAGACACGGAAGGUGAAGGUGCUUACGGGUACAGCAGCCUGCGACUUCCUCCGGACCUUCCGCAGUGGGCUGCUGGGCCCAGUGAUGCUGGACCGUGACAUCCUGGAGGGCCACCCCUCAGCCAACACAGACCCCUGAACCAGCCGGGGCAGUUUGUGACCUCCCAGACCUUCAGCCAGAGUGUUUGAGACUUGGGACUGCUCCUCCUCUCUUCCAGAAGCUCCAUGCUGGUCACUGCUCCAAGGGGGUACUAGGUCUCACUGCUCCAGAGACGUGCUAGAUCCUGGCCAGCCCUGGUUACAGGGAUUGUGGUUACAGGGAUUGGGCUGUGGGCUGAGCAGUUCUGCAUGCAUGGCCUGGUCAGGAGGUUCCCACUCAGUGUUUUAGGGAGAGACUAAUGUCUCAUAGGAGUUAAUGCUCUCUAUCUGUAAUUUUUUAAGAAAUUGGGCUCAUUGGGCUAGCAGUGUGGCCCAAGAGGUAGAGUGCCUGCCUAGUGAGGCCCUGUGUUCAAACCCCUUAAAAAAUCUUGGCUGGGUGCCAGGGGCUCAUGCCUGUAAUCCUUGCAGAAAUCAUGCCUAGUGAGUGUGAGGCCCUGAGUUCAAACCCCAGUACUACCAAAAAAACAGAAAAUUGGGCUCAUCUCUUGAUGGCCCUUUAUACACCUGUGGUACCUCAUGCCUGUUUAUUAAAGCCCCUGGCACCAGUGAAGGCAGGGGACUGGGCCCCCUGUGUCCGACUGACUCUAGUAUCCCCCAGUCCUGCAAUGAGGAGGAGCCUUGCUGCCAGCAGAGGGUUUAUUUCACAAUAAGCUCUUCACUGUUAAGUGUGUACACAGAUAUGGAUAGCAGGUUUGAUGGUGGAACCCAAGCUCUGACCUCUUCCUUCAGUGCCCCAGGGCCUGUGCCUUGGGGGGCUGCCUGUCUGUGGCUCAGCUUUGCACAGGCCAGUGGGACCUGGCAUGGGCAGUGUCUCCUAGCCAGUGGGUCUGCCUGACCCUGAGGAGGUGCUGAGGGCCUGUCCCAGCUUUGUUGACUUGGAGACAUCCAGGGGAUGUGCCAGCAGCUGCAUUCUAGGAAGAAGGGGUGGGGGAGGAAUGGGGUAGACAGGAGUGCUGGUGGAGGUGGACCAGGUCAGUAGCUCUACUUGGAAUCCAUUUGGUGGUGGCUUGGCCUUCCCACAGCUGACCAUUGUCCUUCAGGGGUCUGGUGCUGAGCAGCCCUCUUGCUGUGGACAGCUGCCAUCAUUGAACUGGCCUUCCUCUGGUGCCUCCUGUUGUGGUUGCUUUGUGUGAUUAGCUGCCCUGAAAUUACCCCAUCAGCACUGUCUUCUUCCUGCCUACCUGACUGGUGCCAAAUGGCAAACACCAGAGAAGUCAGAUUGGUGUGUGAAAUAAAAAGUCAAAAAGGGGGGCUUCCACUGCUUUCCAACACAUGGGACUGUGAUCUGGUCCUGUGCAGCCUGUCUAGUGGGUCUCUGAGAAGCCAAGGAGGCUCUGAUGGUUUCCCUGUAUGAGACUUAAUGGUAGAGGGGUCUCAUCUGCUUUUGAGGUCCCAGGUGGGCUUAGCCUUGGUUUGCUGGUCUUUGAUGGCAUCAAGCUUGGUCUGGAAGGGAUGGAGUAUUGGGUCUGGCUUUGCCUACUGGCAGUGUGGACGAAAGGCCAUAGAUGUCUACAUUCUGACUUGCUUCUCAAGGAGAAUGCUUGGCCAAGGUCUCGCCAAUAGCAAGUGCUAUAUGCCAGCCCAGAAGGUGCUGGUCCUAGCAUUGUGUCCACUGACUGAGCCCCAAGGCCCGUUGGUCUAAGGGCCAAGGACAGUUUCUAGGGACAGCAUUGCUAUGGAUGAGGAGCUCACAAGAGCACCGAGAGGCACCAGGGUCUGGGAGAACCUGCCCAGCCUCAGGGUGAUUAGAUGAUCAGAGCUAGAGAAUUUGGCAAAGCCAGGAGCCCCCCAAGCAGGGCUCACAGGCACUGUGCUGGUAGGCUCUGGAGAAGCAAAGGGCCAGUCUACAUACCAGGUUUUUGGACCAGAGGCAAAUCCUUGUAAAGACUGUCCUGCAUCUCCUUGAAGCUUCCCUGUGCAUGAGGCAGGCCUCAGGAUGGCUUGAGAGGUCAGUUGGCCCUUGGUGAUGCUGGAAGGAGUGAGCCGUCUGUCUUGAAGCCCAGACUUUGUCUCAUGUCCAGCUGUAACUGCUGAGGCUGGCUCUGCUCCAUUAGCCUUCCUCCAGGGACCUGCAGGUGGCUGUGGCCUCGUCAAGCAGGCUGUCAGCUGCCACCUGUGCCAUGUGAGAUCCAGGCUCCUCUGCCUAGAGCUGGUCUGUCUGCUCCCAAGAGGGGCUGUCCAUUGGAAGAAGCUGCUACCCAUUGGAAGUGUGGGAACCCUGAAGCUUGGGCUGUGUGCUGUGGGCUCUCUAGCAAGGUUGGCAGUUGAGAGCCCCAUAUGUAAAACUAAGGUUAAAAGGAAAUGGAUGCUCUUGGAUGUGGAUCCCCACAGUGGGUCCCAAGACCCAAGACCGGUUAAGUGAUCCUUAGGGCCAAGUGGCUCCAAUGGGAAAACCCUUCCCUGGCAGAGGAUCUCUGGGCUGGAUUUUUUUGCUCUGUGUGCUUCUGGCCUUCAAAAACCCCAGGACUGCUCUGGGCAGAUGGUUAGCACCACACAUUCCCUAUGUUGCUGCCUGAGCAAAUGUUCCUCCUCCUUUCUCCAAAUCCUGAAGUCCUGUCCAUUCUGGCUGCUUCUGUGGGAGGCCCUAGUCAUCAGAACUAGAGAGAUCCACCUGAGGGUGGCCUCUGCCUGGUGGUCAGCACUGUUCACUCUUGUGUUUAGGGUGAACCAGGAGUGGAUACCUGGUCUUGGCAUCUCUCUUGGGUAGCUCUGGAGAGUGGAGGGUAACCUGCCUCUCUGGCUGGGGGACCUGACAUCCUGGAGCUGGGGGGCUGCUGGUUCCCUGGUA